GAAGCAAACGGGGGCGCCUGCGUCACCGAGGUUACCGGAAGGCUGCUGGUUCGGGGGGUGGCGGUGGCACCAGCACCGGGCGAAGGGAGGGUCUCGCUGCGGCAGCAGCGAAAUGCUGCCAACUACUUCAGUUAGUUCCCGGAGCCAGGGCAACGGUGUGCUGAGCCCCAGGGAUGCUGCAAGGCACACCGCCGGAGCGAAGCGCUACAAGUACCUGCGGAGGCUCUUCCACUUCCGACAGAUGGACUUCGAGUUUGCUCUUUGGCAGAUGCUUUACCUGUUUACUUCACCACAGAGGGUUUAUAGGAACUUUCAGUACAGAAAACGGACAAAGGACCAAUGGGCAAGAGAUGAUCCUGCUUUCUUAGUACUUCUCAGUAUCUGGCUCUGUGUGUCUACUGUAGGAUUUGGAUUUGUGCUGGACAUGGGAUUUUUUGAAACAAUAAAGCUGCUACUUUGGGUUGUAUUCAUCGAUUGUGUAGGUGUUGGCCUCCUGAUUGCAACUCUGAUGUGGUUCAUUUCUAAUAAGUACUUGGUGAAGCAGCAACACAGAGACUAUGAUGUGGAGUGGGGAUAUGCCUUUGAUGUUCAUCUGAAUGCUUUCUAUCCACUUCUAGUCAUUUUGCAUUUUAUCCAGUUGUUUUUCAUCAACUAUGUCAUCAUAUCUGAUUCUGUCAUUGGCUAUUUUGUUGGGAAUACAUUAUGGCUGAUUGCAAUUGGCUACUACAUCUAUGUGACAUUCCUAGGAUACAGUGCAUUGCCCUUUUUGAAGAACACAGCUAUUCUUUUGUAUCCAUUCGCCUUUCUCAUCAUGCUCUACUUGAUCUCCUUGGCAUGUGGAUGGAACUUCACCAAAAUGCUUUGUUCCUUCUAUAAGUACAGAGUGAAAUAAACCCAGGACUUCACGUAUCUAAUGUUUAUUUUGGUUUUAGCUUAGCUGUCUUGACAGUAAAGAAAAGAGCAUUUUGUAAAUUGUUGUAAAUUUCUCUUUAUUGUAGAUAAUUGUGUAAAAAAGUUUGAAGUGUCCUUUUUUUUAUUAAAAUAUUUACAACAGUAAA